UUUGUAUUUGUCUGCGGGGCUGCUGUACUGUCUGGCUGGGACGGAGGGUUUCCACGCUUAGCAGGCGACUAACCGCAUUAAACCCCAUAAAGAGGCGGGUUUUUUUUUAUCCGUCCGGGAUUUGGAAAUCAUUUGUCGUCGUAUUCAACAUAACCAGCCAUCAAGUUGGAGCUCAGUGGACUUUAUUCUCUCGCUGGCUCGCUUACCCUUCAGUGAACCACUGCAGCAGCAGCAGCAGCAGACCAAGCACGCCGCCGCCGCCGCUGUUGUUGUGAGAGAAGAAAACAAGCUCGGCAAAGGGUUAGUCCGCUAAGCUGUGUGAUCAUUGACAGAGUUCAAUACACACAGGCGUCAAGUGAUAGCUGGUGGGAGCUUUGUGCAGCGUACCUCCGAGCCUCUUCAAGAAACCCGACAGCUGGGGACAUUUAGUGGCUGAAGUCGAGGUAAGAGACGCCGGGGUAAUGAGGAGAAGUAGCGCAAGCGGCUAACUAACGUGCUAACUAGCUGUUAGCUCGGAAGCUAUGUUGGCUAGCUGCCUUGUUUGGUCGUGGUGCGGUCAUGGUCCGUGUCCUCACUGCUGUCCGAGGCGCCACCGGGACAGACUGCCCACCAGCUUUAGCUUUAGUGUCGUAGCGACUUGUUUACUGUCAAGUUGAGGUAGGAAAGCCACCGACCUGCCCUGGACCUGGAAGGUACCGUGUCUUGACUUUGCCCCAGUUAGCUCGUCUCACACUGGGGAUGAUGAUGUGUUCAUGUUGGGUUAAUGUUUACGCUAGGCAGCUCGUGGUUGUGCUGGGUGUAGUUUGCCAUUUUCCAGACUUCAAUGAAAUAUAUUUAUCUAACUGGAUACCUUUGUAAAGCACUGAUGUGUGUGUGUGUGUAUAUAUAUAUAUAUAUAUAUAUGUAUAUGUGGCCUCUGUAUUAUUUCCUCAAGUUGUGCUAGCGACAUGUAAACCAAGUGUCUUAACGCUUGACUGGAUAUUGUAGCUACGUUAGACCUCCUGACCAUUGGACCUGUUUCUUGUUUAACUGGUGAACAAUCUACAGGGAAGUUACUGUUGUUGUUCUGCUCGUCAACACCAGCCACUAUGACUCCGGCCAUUCAAAUAAGUAGGUGUAGUAGAGCCUCUGAUGGCCCUAAAACAGUCCGACGUGGUGGGAAGCCUUAUCUUGUUUUUAUCUUUGUAAACAAAGCAGUUCAAACAGUCUUUGUAUUCUGCUGACUGUAUGCACUGUAAUAUUCGACCCCAUCACUUUCACUGAAAUGCUGUGAAAUUCUGGUAAACCCAUUAUCUAACAUAAGCUGUUGAUUCAGGGCUGACCCGGGGUCACCAAGGCCUCUCCACAAACAUUCAGCAGGAGCUGUGGGAGCCUCUCACAUUUGUCAGUAAACAGCCUUGCAGCCGUUUUUUUGCUAAUCUUUAGAUCAGUGGCAUAUUCGAUAUUUGAUUUCUAGCUGGCGUCACCAGUAACAAUAGCUAGUGCAUUUAGACACGUUAUCCCAUGACACUGAAACACUGAGGUACACAAGGGAGAGCUGGGUGAGAGGAUGUAGGUUAGGUGCCUGAUGUUGUAAGAUCUCGCUCUUGGUCACGACAGUCAUUCUGUUAGUCCCCUUUUGGAUGUCACGCUGUCAUAAGUGUCAGAUGGACAGAUAUGAGCUGGGGAGCGGACGUGCAUAUUUCAGCAGUUUUCUUUGUUGUGGAGUUGUGUUUCAAGGCAAAAGAGUGCCACAGAAGGUGAGGAAUUUAUUCAAGCGCCGUGCUGUGGUGACAACACUCAGAUAGGGAUCAAGAGCAAUACACAGAAAGUUUCCUUUGUUUUGAGAAAUCGGUUUCACUUUAUGCCUUAACCUCCACCUUCCUGGCUUUAGUUUUACUUCCUUCAGGCCAUGUGUCUUUUCACAUUUUAUUUUUCAGCGUUCCUCCACGUCUGAGAAGGCAAAAAAAAACAAAAAAAUGCACCCAAGGCCACGAUUUGAUUCAAACUGAGAACUUGAAUUGGUAAUAGUCAAAAGUAUCUCAGCUGUUUUGCUCACACGGUGUGGUUUUUAACAAAGCGUGACAUUGCACUGACUCAUUUUGAGUAUUCACUUGACAUUCUGUUAGUUUUGUGCUGUUUUGUUCUGAUGCAGAUGGUUUACCGCCCGUCUCGUGUGAAUGCGUGUCGAUGGUCUCUGUCGGUUGUAAAGACACAUCAAAGCUACACGAGUAUUGUUGCUGUAUUUUAUGGACAGUCUGUGUAAUUUUGUUUUCUGCAUUAACAGUAUUUCUUUCUCUUCUUUUCCUCCAGGUAUUAUAUUAUAUAGGUUUGUUUUUUUUUUUUAAAUCUGAGCCACUUUCAGGCACUUGACCAAUAGGAAAGGUUUGCACAAUUUCCACCAGCUUGUCUGCAGCCCCCUUCCAACCCAGAGAGUCUUCUGCCCCAGCAUGAAUGAAGUCAGUGUUGUGAGAGAGGGAUGGCUUCACAAGAGAGGUGAAUACAUUAAAACAUGGCGGCCUCGUUACUUCAUCUUAAAGAGCGAUGGAUCUUUCAUUGGUUACAAAGAGAAGCCCGAGAUGUCCAGUGACCACAGCCUCCCACCACUCAACAACUUCUCAGUCGCAGAAUGCCAGCUGAUGAAGACAGAGCGCCCCAGGCCUAACACAUUUGUCAUCCGUUGCCUGCAGUGGACCUCAGUUAUUGAGCGAACCUUCCACGUGGACAGCAACGAGGAGAGGGAGGAAUGGAUGCGAUCGAUCCAGGCAGUGGCAAAUAGCCUGAAGAGUCAGCAGCAGGAUGAGGAGCCCAUGGAGAUCAAAUUUGGCUCACCGAGUGACAGCAGUGGCACAGAGGAGAUGGAGAUUGCUGUGUCCAAAUCCCGCACAAAAGUGACCAUGAGUGAUUUUGACUACCUGAAACUUCUGGGGAAAGGGACAUUUGGUAAAGUGAUCCUGGUGAAGGAGAAGGCCACAGGGAUGUACUACGCCAUGAAAAUCCUCCGCAAAGAAGUCAUCAUUGCUAAAGAUGAGGUGGCUCACACAGUUACAGAAAGCAGAGUUCUCCAAAAUACGCGGCAUCCCUUCCUAACAACACUAAAAUAUGCAUUUCAAACGCAUGACCGGCUAUGCUUUGUGAUGGAGUAUGCAAAUGGUGGAGAACUCUUCUUUCACUUAUCGCGGGACAGAGUGUUCACAGAAGACAGAGCGAGAUUCUAUGGUGCAGAAAUAGUGUCAGCACUGGAGUACCUACACUCACGCAAUGUAGUUUACAGGGAUUUAAAGCUGGAGAACCUCAUGUUAGACAAGGACGGCCACAUAAAGAUAACAGACUUUGGGCUGUGUAAAGAGGGGAUCACAGACGGAGCGACUAUGAAAACCUUUUGUGGAACCCCGGAGUACCUGGCACCAGAGGUGCUAGAGGACAAUGACUACGGACGAGCGGUGGACUGGUGGGGACUCGGUGUGGUCAUGUAUGAGAUGAUGUGCGGCCGGUUGCCCUUUUACAACCAGGACCACGAGCGUCUCUUUGAGCUAAUCCUCAUGGAGGAGAUCCGCUUUCCCAAGAACUUGGCUCCUGAAGCCAAGGCCCUACUGGCUGGUCUGCUCAAAAAGGAUCCCAAACAAAGGCUCGGAGGCGGACCAGACGAUGCCAAAGAUGUGAUGAGCCACAAGUUCUUCACCUCCAUCAACUGGCAGGAUGUUAUUGAAAAAAAGCUCAUUCCACCCUUCAAGCCCCAGGUCACAUCAGAGACGGACACACGUUACUUUGAUGACGAGUUCACAGCACAAACCAUAACAAUAACUCCCCCUGACAAAUAUGACAGUUUAGAUGCAGAGGAUUCAGAUCAGCGUACGCACUUCCCUCAGUUCUCCUACUCCGCCAGCAUACGGGAAUGAUCACUUAGACUCUUGAACAAGCAGGCAGGCUUACACACGAUCACAAUCCCACAUACACACUUGCACUGCUGGGGAAUUGGAACGACACAAACAAAAACCGGCACAAGACACAUUUUCAUUCGGUCUUUAACGCACGUACACUCACUGACACGCACACACACAUUUACUGGCAAAUCAGACAAGACAGGGAUCAUAGAGUAUGAAAUGAAAACACAGGCCGUGAAUGACUGACCUCAGCAGGUUUGUGUGGAUAGACUGGCAGCUUUGUCUCUGUACGUACUCUCAGGGUUGGCUUUAGGCUUCCCUGCAGGACCUCUGCUGCACUACACUGGGUACCACAUCAAAGCCUUGACACUUUGAAAACCAGGUUAUGCCAGCAAGUACCACCUCUUUACCAGCUGUACCCAUGCUCCACACACACACACACACACACUCUCACACUCACACACACCAACCCAUGCAUAGACUACAUAUAUAUACACACAAACGAACUUGAUAGAAUUUUAAAAAAGAAUAGGCAAAAUUAGGAAAAUGGAAAAGAUUUGGGGAAAAAGACAAAUUUUUAUUUCAUCGAUUGUUACGGUUUUAAAUGUAAAGCCAUAUUUCUGCAUUUUUUUUGUGAUUUAUUUUUUUCAUUUUUUUUAACAAGUGCUCUUUCUGGAACUUGCUGUUACAAAUCAAGUGUGGGACCGUUCCUACAGUAAGGGGAAAUGGGGAAAAGGGGGGGGGAGGGGAGGGGACGAGGGGUGGCAAUUCUGUGUUUGCACUGCACGUGUGUAUAAGCGAAUGGGCGACUGGACCAUGUGUGAAUGUAUGCGAGUGUGCAUACGAGUGCAGGAGAAUGUGUGAACAACCAUUUUGAUUCUCAACCAUCCAUUCGUGUCUGUUUUUAUGCAUGUUUUAAACUCCGAACCAUUGCUGGAAUACCGAGAGGAGAGGACACUACACGGCGCACUCGAUGGCCUUUUCUAAAAGGGAACAAGCAUGUCAUUUAUGAUUGCUGUGACCAGCUUGCCGCUAAAUUGACUCAGUCAGGAAUAGAAACAGGGAUUGCUUGCAUGGCUAAACUUUCGCUUUAAGAGCUGCAUUAAUUUAACUCAGAACGAUGCAGCAGUCAGGCUCCCAGAGUCCAUGUCGCUGUGUCCCGACUGACUUGUCGACCAACUAGCUGCUGGUUGGAGGUGUAAGAGUAAGUUUUCAUUAAGGCCAGUUGCGUUACGUGUUAAGACCGAAAGAAUAGAAGGAAGGAGGAGAAUAGAGACUAGACGCUUGACCACAGUUAUUCCCCAGCCUGACUAUAGAGACCAAUGUAGACGGACACAGCCAUUCGCUGACCUCGAUCCAGUAAUUCUCACUCCCUAGCUGAAGAGUUAGGCACCAAUAUUUUGUUUCAUUUUCCAUUUGUAAUAAUAGUGUAAGUUUAAGAAAUAUUUUUAAAGAUAAGCCUUUGAGUGUUCCCGUAUUUAAAGAAUGAUAGCUCAAUCGUUGUUAUGUCUUUUAUAAUGAGGCCAAAAAUUGACUGACCUGGUGGACGUUUAACACUUCAAAUGAUUCCACAAAUGAUGUUUAGAACCUUUUGUUUGUGUUUUCUUUAACGCUGUGUCGAGGCACUUAAAUCUACGUAGUUGUAUGUCUGGAGCAACAGUCUGCAGGUUUACAAUCCAACUAAAUGCUGCAUGAGCUGGUCGACCAACCUUCACCCUGCAAACAGGGAGAAUCAAUCAAAACAUUAGCUGAUGUGUUGUUAGUUGAAAUGUAAAUCUGCAUACUUUGAGUUAUCACGGCACAUGAUUGAAAGAGGUUCUGGACAGCAUACUGAAAGGUGCUCAUAUGACACAAGCAUUUUAUAUUCCAUGUUGCUGGAAGAGAAGUUGUUAGCUCUUUCAGCUUCACUAAAGGAACAUCAAGACCUUUUUUUUUGUUUGUCAUUGUUUUGUUUUUGUUUGUUGAUUAUCCUCCUUUUUUUGUCCAUCUAUUUCUCAGAUUUUGGAAGACACAUUGUCUGUUUAAGUAUACAUUAUAUAAAAUAUAUAUAUUAAAAGUUUUUAAACUUU